AUGAUGAACAAUUCUGAUAGUUCGGAUAGUUUCUUCAGAAGAGAGGAGCGUUUGUUGGAUGAGAAUACAGUAUUUGAAGGAGUUGAAUCAUCAUCACAUCAUAUAAAUAGUUUAUCAUCAUAUUCAACUUCUCCUGUUUUUGCUUCGGGUUCCGUUUUAUCAAACACUCUUUCAUUGAUGAAAACUCAUCAUCAUUCUAAAUUUUACUUGUGCACGUUUGAUUCUGGUUUAUUAACUAAAAAGAAGGGUUUGAAUUUUAUCUUGUCCCAAAUUGUAUCGGAGAAGAAACGUUUACAUGAAUUGGAUGAAAAUGCAAAGAUUAUUAUUGUUGCUCCUUCUACAUUGAAUGAAGAUGAAGGUACUAAAAUGUUGAAAUAUAUUCAAUCAUUAUCACAAAAGAAGGAUGAUGAUUCAUUUGAAUCACUUCAAUCUGAAAGUAUUGUUGAAAGAUAUUUGACUGAAUUUUUAGAACCACUCUGUCAAUUGUACAAGCAAUAUCCAGCUCUUGAAACUGUUACUUUUAAUGAAUAUAGAGCAAAGAUGAAACAAUCCCUUAUUGGAGUUAAUUUAUUAUCAGAAUCUACACCAAAGGUUAUUGCUAAAAUUAUUGGAUAUUAUAGUGAAAUGGUUUGCAAUUUCUUGUUAGAAUUCUUACAAUCUGAAGAAAUUAAUCAUUCAUUUUCAGCUGCCUUGUUAGAUAGCAAGAAGUAUUUAACUACGGCUGUUGAAGAAGUGACCCACAGUGAUAAGGUCAACUUUACCAUUUACGAGCAAAGAAAGCAAGACCAAUAUUUGAGAGCCAAUUAUGAUUCUCCACUCGUUGAUACUGAUUUAAUUGAAGAAUUAAAAACCAGUGAAGCAGACAUUCUCAUCACUCAAGGAAAUAUGGGUUGUGAUGGAAAGGGUGAUGUUGUUCUCUUUGGAGUUGGAGGUUCAAAUUCUGACCUCUCUGUGGCAAUUUAUGCUACUAAACUUGAUAUUGGUUCAGUGGACUUUUGGACAAAUACUGGUGGAAUUUACACAUCCUCUGACAUGAAAACAACAAAUGCCAAGUUUGUUUUGGAAUUAUCUUAUCAUGAAGCAUUAGAAAUUGCCACCUCUGAUAACUUUAAGAUUUUACAACCAAGAAGUCUCAAGCUCUUACAAGAAUUCGAUAUUCAAAUUAGAAUUAGAUCUGUCAAGCUUUUGAAACGUUUCCAAUCUGGGCAAAUUGAUAAGGAAUAUAUUACUCUCAUUCAAAGUGAAAAUGAUGAAGAAAAGUCAUCAGAAGAACACGUCACAAGUUUAACCUAUGAAGAAAAGACACCACACGUCAAGUGCAUCUGUAUCAGAAGAGACAUUCUUAUGGUAUCUAUUGAUACAUUGGAUAUGUGGCAAAAAGUUGGUUUCUUGGCCGAUGUUUUCUCCAAAUUCAAAAAGUAUAAUAUUUCUGUAGAUUUUGUUACAACCUCUGAGGCCAAUAUUACCAUCACUUUUGAUGCUACAGCCAAGUUGGACAAUGAUAUUUUGAACAAGCUUGUUAAUGAUUUAAGAUCUAUGAAUUGCAGAGUUGAAAUUAUUGGACCAUGUGCUGCCUUGUCAUUGAUUGGUAAGAAUAUUAGAUCAUUCUUGCCUCGUCUUUCAUCUGGUUUGAAGUAUUUCUCUGGACAAAAGAUUCAUUCUGUUGCCUUGGCUGCCUCUGAUGUCAAUUUGACUUUCUUGCUCGAUCAAAACAAUUCCAAUGAACAAUUAUUGAAAGAAUUACACGAUUGGGUCUUUAUUAAGCAAGCCAUUGAUUCCCAAUAUAUUGGACCAUCUUGGACUGAACUUUUCGAAACUCAAAAACAAAAGAUUAACGAUGUCAGUGGUAAACAUGUUUGGUGGCGUGUCAAGCAAAAUCAACUUCUCGAAUUGAUGCAAGCUGAAGAUCAACCUCUCUAUGUUUAUGAUGUUGAUCAAUUUUAUGCCAAUGCUCAAAAGCUCAUCAAUAUUUCAACUAAGUGUGGAGGACCAGUUGAUACCAUUUUCUUUGCUAUCAAGUCCAAUCCAAAUGUUGAAAUUCUCAAGAUAUUCGAAGGUAUCGGUUUCGGUUUGGAAUGUGUCUCCAUUGAUGAAGUGAGAAUGGUCUGUAAUCUCUUCCCUAAUAUUGAUAAGAGUAGAAUCUUGUUCACUCCAAACUUUGCUCCAAAGAAGGAAUAUAGAGAAGCUAUCUCAUUGGGAGUCAUGUUAACCAUUGAUUCUCUUUAUCCACUCAUGAAUUGGUCAGAAUUACUGAGGGGUAAGUCUGUUCUAUUGAGAAUUGAUCCAGGUGCAGGUAAGGGUCACCAUGCUAAGGUUAAAACAAGUGGUGUUCAAUCCAAGUUUGGUAUUCACAUUAGUGACAUUCCUCAAGCCAUUGAAUUGUGUGAACAAUUUAGUAUUACAGUUAUGGGAUUGCAUGCUCACGUUGGAAGUGGUAUUUUGGAUGAAGCUGAAGCAUGGAAGAAGACUGCUACUACAUUGACUCAACUCAUUUCAGAAUAUCCAAAAUUGGCUAAAGAUGUUAAAUUAAUUGACUGUGGAGGUGGUCUUGGUGUUCCUUAUGUGCCUUACAAGCAAACUGAAUUGGAUUUGGGCGAAGUUGCUAAAGCUAUGACCGAAUUCAAGUUAAAUAAUAAUCCAACAAAUGUCAAGCUCUGUAUGGAACCUGGAAGAUUUUUGACAGCCAAUGCUGGUGUCUUGUUAGCUCGUGUUACACAAAUUAAGAAUAAGAAUUUCAAAUUAUUUAUUGGUAUUGAAACUGGUAUGAACUCACUCAUCAGACCAACCUUGUACAAUUCCCAUCAUGAAAUUGUCAACUUGUCCAAGAUCAGCAAUCCUGAUAGUGAUGAUCCAGCUGAAAGUACAAUGGUUGCCGAUAUUGUGGGACCAAUUUGUGAAAGUGGUGACGUUUUUGGUAAUGAUAGACCAAUAUCUAGUGAAACACGUGAAGGUGAUGUUCUUUGCAUUUGUACAGCAGGAAGUUAUGGAUUCAGUAUGUCGUCCAAUUACAAUAAUAGAGCCCCAGCUAAGGAAGUUUUCAUUCCUUCAUCCAAGAAAGAGUAG